UAGAAGCAAUACAAAAGUCAAACACAACUGUAUGUUAGUGCAUUCCUAGAGAUGAAAACAUAAGUUUAGGUUUGAUAUCUACACCAAUUUUUAAGACAAUUAAAAAAAAACAAGUCAAAUUCAACAUCUCUAGCACUGAAAUCAAUAACACCAUGGAGAGAAGUGUGAUGGCACCUCAAGGUAUGGUGGUAACGCCCCACCACCUUGCCACUCAAACUGCCAUCUCCAUCCUUAGAGAAGGCGGUACAGCCAUGGAGGCGAUGGUGGCCGCUGCUGCGACCAUCGCCGUGGUAUAUCCACACAUGAACAGCAUUGGUGGAGAUGGUUUCUGGCUGAUUGUACCACCACAUAGUGACCCAGUGGCUAUUGAAGCCUGUGGUGCCGCUGGAAGCUUGGCAAACGUAGAUUUCUUAGCUGGAGAAAAGACUAUACCCUUUAGAGGCGUCAAGGCCGCCCUAACUGUCCCAGGAACUAUAGGAGGCUGGCAAGAAGCCUUAAAUUAUGUUCGAGAAUGUGGUUACCAAAAUAUGUCAAUAUAUCGACUCUUAGCUGAUGCGAUAAGAUACGCGGAAGAUGGGUUUCCUGUUUCUGGAUCUCUGAAUCAAGCUUUGAUAAAGGCAAAAAACUUUAAAGACAACACGGAAACUUUUAAAGAAGUAUUUCUUCCUAAUGGUGUAAUUCUGAAGGAAGGUGAAAAAUUGUAUCAAAAAAAACUUGCGAGUACUUUGAGAAGUUUGUCUGAGGACGGAUUGAACAGUUUUUACCGUGGCAAAGUUGCAGACUUAAUAGCAGAAGACAUGGCGGCGUUAAACAUGGCUAUAACCAGAGACGAUCUUGCGAAUUAUACUGCUGUUAAAAAUGCCCCAUUACGAAUGUCUCAUAAGACAGGUGAUUUAUACAAUCUGCCUCCCCCAACUCAGGGUAUUGUAUCUUUGGCCAUAUUAGGAAUGUUAGACAAGUUAAAUAUUGAUGGUAAAAACGAAGGACAGUUUAUCCACACGACUGUUGAAGGAACAAAACAGGCUUUUAAAUUGAGAGACCAAUACUUAACUGAUCCUAAAUAUAUGAAUAUUUCCAAUCCUCAAAGUUUGUUGUCUGCCAAAACGAUUGAAAAUAUGAUAAAGAAUAUUAACCCAGAUGUAGCAUUUUCUUCUGGAUCUGGCAAAGUUUCUGGAGACACAAUCUGGAUGGGCGUAAUGGACAAUAGAGGUUUCUCAGUUUCAUUUAUCCAAAGCAUUUUUCAUCAUUUUGGUAGUGGCAUAGUUUUGCCUCAAACUGGUAUCACUUUGCAUAAUCGGGGCACGGCCUUUGUUUUAAAUCAAGAUCAUUUAAGGGCUCUAAAGCCCGGUAAGAAGCCGUAUCAUACCUUGAACCCUGCUGCAGCUAAACUCCAUGAUGGAAGGGUUUUGGUUUACGGAACGCGUGGAGGGGACGGCCAACCCCAAACUCAAGCAGCUAUCUUUCAUAGAUACGUUGUUCAAGGUCUUGGUCUGCAGAAGUCCGUUUCAAGUCCCCGUUGGGUUUACGGUAGAACAGUUGGGGAUUUGCACGACCGACUGCUUCUGGAAGACAGAUUUAGCAACGCUACUGUGGAGUACUUGAGGAAAAGAGGUCAUGGUGUGGAUCUUUUACCAUCGUUUAGUGAGGAUGUGGGGCAAGCUGGAAUAUUAGUCAGGCACUGUAAUGGAAUGUUAGAGGGAGCCGGAGACCCCAGAUCUGAUGGCAAUGCUGCUGGUUUUUAAGAAACUGAUGUAACAUUUUAAUAUUUUAAUCAGAUCUAUUGUUAAGACUGUUUAAUGCUAAUUUUAUAAAAUUCUACAGAUAUUUUUGUUAGUACGGUAAUUAUGAUUACAAAAACAAAUCAAACAUUCGAAAUAUUGCUAAGACUGAUUCAAUUUGUUACGAAUAUUAUAGGUAAUUUUUGUUAUAAACUAUGAUUACAAAAUCAAAUCUAUAAUAUCUAUAAAUUAUAUUUUUAAGAAUAUUUUUUACAUUUGUAUUUUUUUAUAAUAUACCAGCAGUUAUGUUAAAGGUAAUUUGAAUUUCAUUUGAGUCAUCUUAAAGCCUGAUAUAACACAUAAUUCAUGACUGCCCAAAGAGGAAAUACACAGGCCAUUCCCUGGACUUGCUCAGCCCUGAUGUAAACGCAGCCCGUUGGGUGAAGAAGCUAGAUAUAAAAUUGUAGUCCUUAUGUUGAUAACAUUUUGUUGGUAAGCGACCAGUUUAUAGCCAUACGAUUAAAUAAUAAAUAAAGCCUUACCCCCUUAUUCAUAAACGUUCACUAAAGUUAUCAAGCCGAUAAAGUUCGUUUGUCCCUUUCUAUCACACCAGUACGUCGGAAAGGGACAAACGAACUUUAUCGGCUUGAUAACUUUAGUGAACGUUUAUGAAUAAGGGGGUAAUAAUUCAAGUUUAGGUAUAGGGCUUCCUUAUACAUUGCAAUAAUGUUUGUUUUAUCAUUUAUCUGCUAUGUAAUGUUGAAUUUGUAUAUUAAUAUUUUUUUUAUGUUAAUAAAAUCUUUAUUUACAUGAA